UAAAUCUCUGAAAUUGUCCAGGUGUGUAUUUUAUAAGGAGCAAGACUGUGUGACAUCUUCACCAGUUUAGUGUCCCGCGCGCUGGGACUGUUCUCCCAGGGCUCUCAGAGCCGGUGCGCGAGCGCGGGCCGGCCCCGUCCUCCCGCCGUUUGCCGCCGCCCCGGCCUGAGGGACCCGGCGGCGGGAGCUGGAGCGCGCGGGAGCUGCCGCCGAGCCGGGGCGCCGAGAGGCGGUGAGAGGAAGCGGGUGUGCUGGACGGACGCCGAGCGGGCCGGGGGAGCUGCGCAAACCAUGCAGGAUGAUUUACUGAUGGACAAAAGCAAAGCCCAGCCCCAGCAGCAGCGGCAGCAGCAGCAGCAGCAAGAUCCAAACUCAGCAGAAGCCCCCUCUACACCCAUCUCGUCGGAGGCACCCAAACCAGAAGACAGCAGUUCAGUGACUAGUAUCGGCACAUCGGCUCCUUCCCAAAAUAGCAAGGAGAAGAUGCAGAUGGAGUCUCCCAUUUUGCCUGGGUUGAGCUUUCACCAGCCUCAACAAGAACCUGCAGCCGGCACCUCCUUGUCUCCCUCAUUUGGCAGCACCUGGUCUACAGGGACCACAAACACGGUGGAUGAUAGCUUUUUCCAAGGGAUUACUCCAGUCAAUGGGACAAUGCUUUUCCAGAAUUUUCCACACCAUGUCAACCCUGUAUUUGGUGGCACUUUCUCGCCUCAAAUUGGCCUAGCUCAGACUCAACACCACCAACAUCAGCAGCAGCAGCAGCAAGCUCAGCAGCAGCAGCAGCAGCGGAGGUCACCUGUGAGCCCUAAUCAGGCACCUUUUGCCCAGAGAAAUGCUGCUUACAGCCAUCAGCCCAUCAUGACCAGCAAACCGUCUUCCUCCUCUGCCUCCUCUUCUUCCUCCUCCAGCUGGAAUAACCAUCAAAAUGCAGCUUGGAGUACACCUUCCAACCCUUGGGGUGGGCUGCAGGCUGGAAGGGACCCUCGCAGGGCAGUUGGAGUGGGAGUCGGCGUGGGAGUGGGGGUUGGUGUGCCCUCUCCCCUCAAUCCCAUUUCACCCCUUAAGAAACCAUUCUCCAGCAAUGUCAUUGCCCCUCCGAAGUUCCCACGGGCUGCACCCUUAACCCCCAAAUCCUGGAUGGAAGAUAAUGCGUUCAGAACGGACAAUGGCAACAAUCUGUUGCCUUUUCAGGACCGGAAUAGGCCCUAUGACACUUUUAACUUGCACUCUUUGGAAAAUUCCUUAAUGGAUAUGAUAAGGACUGAUCAUGAGCCUCUGAAAGGUAAACACUACCCUCCCAGUGGCCCACCAAUGAGUUUCGCUGAUAUAAUGUGGAGGAAUCAUUUUACAGGACGUAUGGGAAUAAACUUCCAUCAUCCAGGAACGGACAAUAUUAUGGCUCUUAAUACCAGGAGCUAUGGGCGGAGAAGAGGUCGGUCUUCACUCUUUCCUUUUGAAGAUGGCUUCCUAGACGAUGGUCAUGGUGAUCAGUCUUUAUCAUCGGGUCUCAGCUCUCCAACACGCUGUCAGAAUGGUGAAAGAGUGGAACGCUAUUCUAGAAAGGUGUUUGUUGGAGGUCUUCCUCCUGACAUUGAUGAAGAUGAGAUCACUGCCAGCUUUCGUAGGUUUGGACCUCUUGUGGUGGACUGGCCUCACAAAGCUGAAAGCAAGUCAUAUUUUCCACCUAAAGGUUAUGCCUUUCUGCUGUUCCAGGAAGAAAGCUCUGUACAAGCUCUGAUAGAUGCCUGUCUGGAAGAAGAUGGGAAACUUUACCUGUGUGUGUCAAGUCCCACAAUCAAGGAUAAACCAGUGCAAAUCCGACCUUGGAACCUAAGUGACAGUGACUUUGUGAUGGAUGGGUCUCAGCCUUUGGAUCCAAGAAAAACUAUCUUUGUUGGAGGAGUUCCACGGCCCCUCCGAGCUGUUGAAUUGGCAAUGAUUAUGGACCGUUUAUAUGGAGGUGUCUGCUAUGCUGGCAUUGAUACAGACCCAGAGCUGAAGUAUCCAAAAGGUGCUGGCAGAGUGGCUUUCUCCAAUCAGCAGAGCUAUAUUGCUGCUAUCAGUGCUCGAUUUGUCCAGCUCCAACAUAAUGACAUUGAUAAACGGGUGGAAGUGAAGCCAUACGUGCUGGAUGAUCAGAUGUGUGAUGAAUGCCAGGGCACUCGCUGUGGUGGAAAAUUUGCUCCAUUCUUUUGUGCCAAUGUUACCUGUUUGCAGUAUUACUGUGAAUACUGCUGGGCAAGCAUACACUCUCGUGCUGGGCGAGAGUUCCACAAACCACUGGUAAAGGAGGGAGGUGACCGGCCCCGCCACGUCCCGUUCCGCUGGAGCUGAACGCCAGGCCUCACCCAGCAACAAGUACUGGAGUAGAUAAAAUCGAGUGAAAAGAGAGCGCUGCCUCAGGGCUUAGUGUUCUGGAAAUCUGUGCAUUCGUCCUCGACUUUAAUGAAGAUAUGGGUCUUUUUAUUACUAUUAUUAUUAUUAUUUACAGUCACAUUACUGAACUCAGUGUCCAGUAUAAUACAAACCGGCAGAGUGUAACUGUACUGAUUUUGCACUUUGAUUCACACAAACAUCUGCUUGGUACCUUAAUUUCCUACACAAGACUUGUCACUAGUGACAUUACGUAGACUGCCAUUCUCAUCAGCCUUUACUGGGUUGAUGUGUAUGUGAUGAAGAUUUUUUUAUUAUAGUUAUAAUUAUUUUUGUUUAUAAACUGGAGCAUGCACUUAUUUUCAGAAAUUUAGACUUGCCCCUAGCAGAUGACUUACCAAAGGUAAUAUUCACAAGUAGGUGGCAGAUGUAGCAAAAACUUAAACAGAUAUUCAGCAAUUGUUAGUUUGGGUCAUUUAGAAUAGUAAUAACCCUUAAAGAAAAUAAGCCUUUAGUUGCUCUCCAUUUUGACUUGUAAGGAUGAUACCUCAUAAGCUGGAUCAGACUUUUUUCUUUUGUUUUGCUGAGGGUUUUUGUUUGUUUUGUUUAGUUGUGGGUUUUUCUUUUUUCUUUUUUUUUUUUUUUUGUUAGGUCUUUUAGUGUUAUGUAAAUGUAUGCUGCAAUAGCUUUUGCUGCUAUUAAAAUGGUAUUACUAAUACCAUAAUACUCUAUUCAGGCUAGUGUAUCAGUUUAAAAAUGAAUAUGUGAUUAAAAUAGUGAUGGCUGCUGAAAGGAGAUCAGUAUAGCAUACAGAAAAGCUUCCAAGGAAGGUCAAUAUUUUUUGACUGCAUGUUUACUUAAUCAGGUUGCUGCAUGCAAUAAAUUUUAUAUAUGUCUAAUAUAAAACCUGCCCACAAUGCACAAAUUAUGAAUCUACGUAGGCUACAAAAUACUCAGUAACAAAAAAAAAAAAGGAUUACUGACUGGAGGAAGGCAUGCCUCAAUAAAUGUAAUGCUUCUGAAAUUAGGAUCAGCCCAUUACAGAAUGACCUAUAUUACCACAGAUAUAAAAACUAGCUGUAGGAUAUUCUUAAAACAAAUUUGUGGAUGGUAGAUGAAGUACUUUGCGGUGCUCUGUUAUAUAUCGUGCAAUUUAUUUUAUAUAGUAAAGUGAUUAUGUCUAGUACUGUGAUCAAACUUAACUGUUAAAGCCUCUGUAUCCAACAUUAACACAUUUUUUGACAGUUAGUAACAGGUACAUAAACAGAAAUGAGCUCUUAGUUACAAUCUCUCUCCUAAUGCUUGCAUCUUUUACAUAGCUGCAGACCUUGUCCAGAAAACCAAAGAGCUCAUGUUAGCGUACAUACACUACCGAAUAGAUAGUCUGUCAAACUAAUAAACUAGGCACAUUUAAGAAAGUUAGGAAAAAAGUGGUGCUAAAGAAAUGUCUGCAUAUAAAAGUAACAUGAGAUGUCUGCUCUGUGGAUGUGGUGUUAUCUCUCUAAUCCCUGGAUGUAUCCUGUGAAGCUUGAAUAUGAUUAAGACCUGCUAACACAGUGGACAUUUUUUUAGCAUGAACUAUGGGGCUGCAGAUAGCAUAUAAAUAUAAACACACUUGGUAUACUAAUGAUUGUGAGAAUGUGUACACUAUUUUUUUUCUUUUUCCUCCUUUGUUCUUGUAGUUCUGGGGACAAUCUGACUGGAUGUGACACCGCAUAGUAGAUUGAAGUGUUCUGGGUUUUGUUUGUUGUAACGUCCUUGUUUGUGUCUAAUUUAGUAAAAUGUUUUUCCCAGUGUUUAGUUGCAAGUAUUGGCUUUGAAAGGAUUUUUUUUUCUGUUUUUGGAGAAAAAAAAAAAAAGAAAAAAGAAAAAGAAAAAAUAGUUUUUUACUGGUUUAAAAUGCUUAUUAUAAUUACCCUUUUUGAAGUUACCUCUGGGCAUUUUGUGAUAUUGCUUUUUGCAGCCCAGGUGUCUUUUCUGUUUUUUGAUUAUUUUGUUUGUUUGUUUUGGUUUUUUUCAUCUGUACAAGACAUUUUGUUAUGCACUACUUUUUGUAUCUAGACAGUUUUCAACAGUCGGCUGAUGAUUUUUUUUAAAGAAAAAGGCAUGCUUUCUGACUGACAUGAUCUUUUGCAAUACCUCAAUUUUGAAAUAUAGGAAAGAAAAUGAUAUUUUCUAAGUAAGUUUAUUCAGAAAAAUAUAUAUUAAUUUAAUUCUGCAAGAAAAAUGAUUUAACAGAUGGGUAACUUUAUUUUUUUCAUGCUUAUUUGAGUUUUUUUGAAAAUGAAGAAGUUAGAGCUUUAUAACUGUAAUAUUAAAGAUCAUAGCUAACCUACAGAAAUCUACCUAAUUAUGUGAAAGAAGUAAACCUUUUUGAAGAACUACCCCUCUUUCAUGUAGACAAAUACCCCCCAGAGAGAAAGAGAGAGAGAGAAGCAGGAAAACGUACAAUAUAGCAUAACGUUUGAUUAAAUCUAAAGCAAAAUCAUCAUCAAGAACAGGUGUAAACACAACAUCCAUUUGGUGCUGAAAGUUGUGAAUAGAAGGUGAAAAAAUAUUUUCCCUUAAUUUGUAUAUUUAUAAUCAAGUGUGAUUAUGCACGACUGACCAGAAUUGUGAGUUCUUCUGUUUGUAUUUUUUUAAAGAGAACUUUUUUAGUUUAUUAAAUUAUGACAUGCUCCCUUUUGUUUUGUAAAUGAAUGUGCCCCUGAGUUGUUAAUAUGUUAUAUUAAAAGAGAGUCCUUCAAAACACGUUAUUUUUUAAAAUAUGGAGUUCUGAACUGCAACUUGACUAAGAAGCCCCUGGGUACAACAGGUCCUAUUGUGGCCUUUUCUGAUGUGAGACUUGAACUAGUCGAUUUUUUUGAAGGCUAACCUAACCUCGACUAUUUGUUGUUAUGUGCAAUACUGUUUGUACUGUUUGUAUAAAAAAAAAAAAGAAAAAUGAAAAGAAAAAAGGCAUAAAUCUUUAUUGCAGAUUUAUUUUCAUUGCAGACUUUAGACAUUGUGAUUCACUAAAAUCAUUUUUCUACUGUCAAAUAUGUACCUUUUCUUCAUGCUGGUAUUUUUUCAAUAGUAAUGUAGCCUUUGUACUGAGACAAAUUUUCAUUGUUAUUUUUAGAAAGAUUUUUUGCUAAGAAAAAAAUUAAACAUAUUUACAUAUUUUUCAUUUUUAUUUCGUAUUUUCUUUAAGGAGUGCUUUCUCAACCAUUAAUAUAGUUGUUUCUGGGAGAGACUUUCAUAUCUGGUCAAUGUCAUUAAUAUUAUUUUGUAUUUUUACUUGGAAUAAAUUAAUUUUAUGAUGCUAAUUCUUUAAAAGUUUAUUUUUUUCAUUUUCAGUUAUUUUUGAAGCUAAAAUCUUUGUAAUAUUGUUACUAAAGUGUCUAGUUUUUUGAAAUGCAAAGCUUUAUGUAUUAACUUGCUGAUGUGGUUUACAAUAGUGUGGCAAUGAUGAAAAUGGUUGGUUAUGUAAAGUGAUUGGAAAACUGUAACAAAGAAUUGGGCAAUAAAAUGACAGAAUGAAGCAGAAAAAAAUGUGAUACUUUGAAAAGCCUUUUCCUUUAUCAAAAUGAUUUAGGGAGAUAAUAGGGAUGUCACAGUACCAGUUCGCUGUCUAGAUUUAUACACCACCAGUGCUGAUGAAAUACUAUUGCUGUUAUAAUGAACUAAAUCUAUUGAAACAAUGGGUUUUUGACCCUGCCCAUUCAGCAUAACGCUCCAUUACUUUUGUCGUCAUGAACUUGAAAAACUUGCUUUUCAAUAGUCUUAGAUUGAACCUCCUAAAAUAUAUAUUCUGCAUUGUAUUUUGCCACUGUGUUAUUUAUUAAAUUGACCCUUUCCUGCACAACUUACUUCCUGCAUAUGUUGAUGUGGCAGCAUGGAACAGACUGUAGGUACCCACAUCAUUUUCUAAUGAAGUUACCACACAGUGUUGGUAGCUGCCUAGCUAAUGCAGAAUAAUGUAUGUCCAUUCCCCAGUAGCAAUGCACUUACAUUGCCACCACGUCUGAACAUCUGUUCAGCUUCUUUGUCUUUCUCUGUUCUUCUCAGCCUCUCUUGUGUCUGUGUCCUUUUUUUCUUUUGUACUGGCAAUACCAAGUGCCAGUAUCAAAACACCUUUUGCUUCACCUCCAUUUACAUCACCCUUGUUUCCCUGUGCAGCCAGAAGAAACCCCUUCCUGAAGCCAGUGACUCUCUGUUCUGGCACCUAAAACAAUCCAGACUAAAACUGGUGAUGCGUAAACAGGGCAUACAAUGACUUUCUCUAGACAAAAGAAUUACUUCAAUGAGUUACUGAUGACCUCGUAGACUAACUUAUGCUAGAGUGUUAGAGUGGCUCAUCUGUAACUUGUGGAAAGAUAUGUCCAGAGUUGGUCUAUUGUGUGUCCUCUGUGUGUUCAGUUCUGUAAGUAAUGUAUAGACUAGAUCAAAUAGUGAAGUAAAAUUUAGACUCAAAUUAGGUACUACUGGUUGGAAUGUAUGCAAAUUGCAAACAAAGGUGAUUAAGGAAUGAAGAAGGAAUGAAAAAAUUCCUGCUAAGUGGUACAAAGUUUAUGCUUAUAUUUCUGCCUACAUGCUUGUAUUUUAUAGCCUGCUAGCAAGGCAUGGGCUAAAACAAAUUGUAUUGCAAAUAUGCAGUUAGCAAAUAACUUUGCUAAUUUCACUAUCUGUUAGAGUAGUAAAAAAAAAAAAAUAAAAAAUAAUAAAAAAAAGCCGCUUAAUUGGGAAAAGCUCCCAUGUUAAUAUUUCAGUAUUGUGACAUCUCUACUUGCAAGGUAUGAGUGAAAGAUUAGUCACAGAUUUGUAGAAAUGUCUCUUUUGUUUAAUCUGGCUUAUAUGUAGUUGUUUUUAUGCUGGUUUGUACAAUGUCAGCUAAACCCUUUUUCUUUUUUUUUUUUCUUUUUUUUUUUUUUUUUAACCAGACAAACUUCCUAAUCUCUACUGCUAUAGUGUUCUCUCAUACCACAGAGUAUUUUAUAUUCAUGUUAGUGACUACUCUAUACCCCAAAUGGGUAGCUGGUCAGAAAUCACAUUGAUCACAUAAUUCUGACACACUCAAAUUUACAUCAGAAAAAGUUUAGCAGUAAGAAGAAAACCAGGGUGCUAAUAAGAGAUAAUUUGGGGUCUUUUUUCUUUUUUUUUUCUUUUUUUCCCUGGAUGCAGUUCUGUUGGGGUAUAAAGUAUUAGGUAUUUGUAAUUUUACUGUCAAAAUAAUGGACAUAACUUUUAGAGCAUUCACAGCUAAGAUCUCUGUACUUGUUUUUCAACUAAUUUUAUAUGUACUGUAUCUUUUAUUACAUGUUCUCUUAGAUUGUUUUUGCUAGUAAUUCUAACAAGGCUUCUUCCUUUUUGGCUUGGACUAAUGCUUGUAUGGAACUGCAGUACUGUGACUAAACAUGGAGCUCAAUGCUGCUAUUGCUUACAACUGCUUAAACUUUGUAGUUUGGACUUUAUUUUUUUCUGUAAUAACUUAUUAAAUAUAGUUGUAUGAAGUA